AAUUAAUUCAUUUCAAUUAUUUCUCUGAUAUAACCUGCUUUUUCAUGCUUCUUCAUUUAUGUAAAUUGAUGUAAAUAUAUAUAUGUAUGGAUGUAUGUAUUAUAUAUAUAUAUAUAUAUAUAUAGAUUGUAAUCACGAUCUAAAAUGUUAAAAAGAUUUGCAUUUCAUUUAAAAUUGACGUAUGGAAACGCACGACCGUGUUUCCUUAGCAAUUUCUCAAUGAAACCUAAAGAAAAUGUCCAAGAGAAAAUGCAAGCUUGGCAGAUACACUCGUACGAUGGCUUGGAAGAAUUAAAACUUUCAAAUGUCAGAAUUCCGGUGAUUGCUAGACCAACAGAUAUUCUUGUAAAAGUUGAAGCAUCUAGUGUUAAUCCUAUAGACAUCGCUAUGACAAGAGGAUAUGGUGCAACGGUUUUGAACUUGAUGCGAAAAGCAAGAAAUUUCGCCGGUGCUCCAUACGAUGAAUUAGAACUUCCAUUGACUUUAGGCAGAGAUUUUUCUGGUAUAAUAGUAUCGAAAGGACAUGGAAUAGGGGAGAGAUUAAAGUUGGGAGAUCAAGUAUGGGGUGUAGUACCGGUGGAACAGCAAGGUUGUCAUGCUAACUAUGUACUUGUCGAUAGUGCUAUGGUUAAUUUAUGCCCUAAAAAUUUAUCCUACAUAGAGGCAGCCAGUAUACUAUACGCUGGGCUCACAGCAUGGUCCGCGUUAUGGAUUACCGGUGGAUUAUGUUACAGAUCUGUCUCAGCCAUGAGAAGGAAUAAUAAAAUCUUAAUAUUAGGAGGAUCCGGAGGAGUUGGAACUUUGGCUAUACAACUUUCAAAGGCUUGGGGCAUGCAUGUUGUUACUACUUGUAGCAGCGAUGCUGUAAAUUUGGUAGAAAAAUUAGGUGCCGACGUAGUAAUAGAUUAUAAAUUAGAAGAUGCAGAUUCAAGAAUAAUUACAGAAGGACCCUACUACAUAAUUUUAGACUGUGCCAAUCAAGGAGCAAAUCAUAUACGAUCGAAAGGUUAUCCCCAUUGUUCUUACAUAACUUUAAAUUCCCCGUUAUUAAGAAAUAUUGAUCAACAUGGGCUGAUUACUGGAACAAUGAAAAAUAUCAGCGAAUUAGUGAAAUACAAUAUUCCGAUUAGUGAAAGCAAAGCUUCUGUAAAAUGGGCAUUUUUUACACCUUCUCAAACAGGAAUUAAAGUACUUGAAGAGUUUGUUGAAAAUGGAAAGAUAAUGCCCGUGGUUAAAAAAGUAUAUCGAUUCCACGAGUUACCAUUAGCCUAUGAUAGAGUAGCCCAUGGUCAUCUAAGGGGUAAAUUGGUCAUCGAUAUGAGGUAGUAUCGUUAGUAAAAUAAUUUCGAAAUUCCAGUACAACAUUAUAGAUGAAUUUAAUUGUUCGAUAAAUAAAUUCAAAUUAAAAGUAAAUUUUAUUUCAAAUAUACUAUUAUAUUUUC